AUGGAACAGACGAACCAGAGACUUGAACAUGGCCAAGUAACUCGUGCGUCUAAGAGGAUUAAGCUAGACGAACAAGGUUCCAGCUGGGCGAGUGCUUCAAUCCAGCUCUCUCACGAUGAUUAUACAAUCGGAUGGAUUUGUGCCCUUCCGAUAGAGUUUGCUGCCGCCACAGCUAUGUUGGACCAGGUCCAUCCUCAACUGCCCAACAUCGGCAACGAUAAUAAUAACUAUGUCCUGGGACAGAUUUGUGAUCACAACAUUGUCAUUGCCUGUUUGCCAUCUGGAACAUACGGCACGACAUCCGCGGCGACAGUGGCAAUCAUGAUGGUGUCAAGCUUCAUACAAAUCCGGUUCGCCCUGAUGGUCGGUAUUGGAGGAGGUGUGCCUAGUAAAAAUGCUGACAUUCGACUGGGAGAUGUCGUAGUGGGUACACCAAGCCGCGAUUUUGACGGCGUAGUUCAGUAUGAUGUCGGCAAAUCUCUUCAAGAUGGCAGUUUCCAACGCACUGGCACAACCAACAGACCUCCUGCUCUAAUCUUGACGGCUUUAUCUUCCCUACAGUCGUCCCAUAUGUUGGAUGAUAGUCGCAUUCCAGAGUACCUGUCUGAAAUGGUAGCUAGGCAUCCCUCUUUGUCUACCGAGUUUACAAAUCGCGGUCAACAGCAAGAUCAACUCUUCGAAGCUCAAUACGAGCACAUCGGUGGCGAAGCCACAUGUGACCUCUGUGACCGUCGUUGGCUGGUGGCUCGGCCUCCCCGUGCUAGGAAAGACCCAGUAAUUCAUUACGGAACGAUUGCGUCCUGCGACCAAGUAAUCAAGAGUGGAAAUUUUCGAGACAAGCUCGCCAGUGAGUGGGGAAUCCUCUGUUUUGAAAUGGAGGCUGCUGGACUGAUGGAUCGCCUCCCAUCUUUGGUCAUUCGGGGCAUUUGUGAUUAUGCCGAUUCGCAUAAGAAUAAACAGUGGCAAAGAUACGCGGCAGCAACUGCGGCGGCAUAUGCCAAAGAGCUUCUCUCAGUGAUCCCUGGAACUCGGAAUUCCCAAGCAUCCACAGCAUCCACAGCCACCACGAUACUAUCAGAUCAACUCUCAGGAGCUGAGAAUCUUUCUCUUACAGGCGAUCUCAAUGUGCAAGCUGCGAUACUUAGAUACAACACUGGCCUUUUAGUCCAGCGGCUUCAAGCGGCCCAUUCUGAAUUGGGUCUCCACCAGCUGGGUGUGCUCCCAGAACCAACAAACGAUCGGUCUCUGUCAGUUUUGACAAAUAAUAACGACACAUUUUUACCAGCACUAUUUGCUCAACUUGCAGGUUCAAACUAUCGCCAGCAAAGAUUUACAGGGCUUUCGAAUGCUAGCAAUUUCCAUGAGAACUCUCCCUCUUCUCUAGCCAAUGAGGCAGAUCCAAAUCAUCCAAGGCAUCGUGGAGAUUUCAAAAUUGCUCUCUUAUGCGCUUUGCCGCUUGAAGCUGACGCCGUUAAAGCAGCAUUUGAUAAAAGAUGGGACGAUGAUGGGGACACUUUUGGUAAAGCCCCAAGGGACCAGAAUGCGUAUUCAACCGGUAAAAUCGGGCGUCACAACGUCGUUUUGGCACAUAUGCCAGCAAUAGGAAAAGAGGCUGCUGCUAGUGUUGCAGCCAAUCUUCGUUCCAGCUUUCAAGGUGUCCAGCUUGCUAUUGUGGUCGGGAUCUGCGGCGGGGUGCCAACUACUUCAGCCGGUGAUGAUAUUUUUCUGGGAGACGUUGUCAUCAGCGAAGGGAUUAUCACCCACGAUUUCGGGAGGCAAUAUCCCGACCAUUUUGCGAGGAAAGACAAUAUUCUGGAUAGCUUAGGAAGACCUAACGCCGAAAUUAGGUCGGUUCUGGCGAAAUUGAAGAGCCGAUGGGACCACAAGAACCUUGAAGCAAAGGUAAACAGAUAUAUACCGAUCUUGCAACGAGUUCUUGACGGAACAUCGCUGUAUCCCGGUGCCAGUCAGGAUAAGUUGUUUCUCUCAAGCUACCGUCACAAGCAUCAGAGACUAUUUGGCUGCGACUUGUGCGAGGCAUGCUCACACAAAACAGAUCCAGUGUGCGAUGAAGCCGUUAGUUCAACGUGCGAGCAGCUCAAUUGUGGCGACGACGAAUCGGUGCUAAGGGUUCGGCUUAGCAAAUCCGGAGCGAACGACGCGGCUAACGAGCUAACCUCUUACGAGCCUAAGGUACACUUUGGAUUAGUGGCAUCGGGAGACGUUGUAAUGAAAUCAGGAGAAGAUCGAGAUCAAAUUGCCAGGAAAGGGAAAGUGAUUGCUUUCGAGAUGGAAGGAGCAGGUGUGGGGGACACUCUUCCGUGCUUGAUAAUAAAAGGGGUCUGCGACUAUGCCGACUGCCACAAAAGCAAGAAAUGGCAGAACUAUGCGGCGGUUUCAGCAGCUGCAUGCAUGAAGGCAUUUCUGGGGAGCUGGAUUACAAAUGCUAAUUCCGUUUUCAUGUAA